AUGGCCCCAAUCGCAAAAAUUGAGUACUUUCGCAUCCCCCCAAGAUGGUUAUUUGUGAAAGUCACGGAUGUGAAUGGGAAUUUUGGAUGGGGAGAGGCGUCGCUAGAAGGUCAUUCGGAAGCUGUUGAGGGCUGCCUGGUGUCUUUUGCUGAGAGGUUCUGUGGCAUGGAUGCGGAUGAUAUUGAACACGUAUGGCAAAACGGGUAUAGAAUGGGAUUUUACCGCGGCGGACCGGUGCUCAUGAGUGCUUUGUCAGGUGUAGACAUUGCGCUCUGGGAUUUGAAAGCAAGGCGAUUAGGACUCCCAAUAUAUCAGCUCCUUGGAGGCAAAGUCAGGGACAAACUGAAAGUGUAUGCGUGGAUCGGUGGAGAUCGCCCGGGAGAUGUCGAAGCUCAAGCUCGUGCGAGAAUUGCACAAGGCUUCAAGGCUGUAAAAAUGAACGCCACGGAAGACCUCGCCUGGUUGGAUUCCCCCCACUCCCUAGAUACCUCGGUCGAGCGAUUGAAGACAGUCAAGUCUUUGGGCAUUGACGCAGGGGUAGACUUCCACGGCAGAGUCCACAAGGCAAUGGCAUUACAGUUGGCACACAAACUCACACCACACGAACCCUUGUUCAUUGAGGAGCCUCUUUUGUCAGAGCACCCAGAGUCUAUCGCAGCACUGUCCAAGCUCGUCCCUAUUCCAAUCGCUCUUGGUGAGCGAUUACAUAGCCGCUGGGAUAUUAAGCCUUUUCUCGAGUCGGCCUCCGUGAGCAUCCUCCAACCAGAUAUUUGUCACGUUGGUGGAAUCUCGGAGUUACGGAGAAUCGCUAUUAUGGCGGAAGCUUAUGAUGUGGCGCUGGCUCCUCACUGCCCGCUGGGACCAAUUGCGCUUGCAGCAAAUAUUCAGGUAGACGCUGUGAGCGCCAACUUUGCUAUCCAGGAGAUGAGCCUCGGGAUCCAUUACAAUGCAGGAUCUGCGGACAUUGACACGUAUAUCAAGAACCCUAAUGUAUGGAGGGUGCGCAAUGGGCUGGUUGAGCUGAUGAACGGACCGGGGCUAGGUAUCGAGGUGGAUGAAGACAAGGUCAGGGCUGCUUCUGUAAACGCAGUUGCAUGGCGUAGUCCAAACUUUCGAGGUCCUGGAGGAGAAUGGAGAGAAUGGUGA